UUUGGCGGGAAGAGGGGGAGAGAAAGGGUUUAUGUGAGCGCGGCGGGACAUCGGUGUCUUGGCCAAAGUGAUCGUGUGUGGGUGUGGGUGUGGGUGUGUGUUCUAAAUUGGCUUGAAGAGGUUGAGGUGUCCUGGUCAGGAUGCUUGGAACGGUGGUGACGAGUAGUUGCCCGCUGGUGGCUCGGCAGCUGGGCCGGACAGGAUUGCGGCUGGCCAUGGUGGAUCUGCAACAUGGCUUGCUCGACAUGCGGGGACUGCUCCCCAUGCUGGGAGCCCUUCGUGAGGUCGAAAAUGUCUGGGUCCGCUGUCCCAGCGGCGAAGACGCCGUGGUGGGUCGCAUCCUUGACCAUGGCGUACGCACCGUGGUCUUGCCUGCCGUCAACACGGCACGUCAAGUAGAAAACUUUGUGCGCGCCGCCACCUAUCCCCCUCGUGGCCACCGAUCCUUUCAAGGCAUGACGUUUGCAGUGGGCUACGAGGGAAACGAAGCCGUGCGUCCCGUGGCCAUGAUUGAGACAAGCGCAGCCCUUGACAAUUUGGACGCCAUUUGCCAGGUGCCAGGUCUACAUGGUUUGCUAGUGGGGCCAUACGACCUGGCUCGUUCCCUGGGCAUCACACCGGAUGUGACAUACAGCCAUGUGGCCAUGCAAGAAGUCUUGGACCAGGUGGUCACCACGGCCCAGCAGAGUGGCUUGCAAGUGGCGGCCUGGGCGGGCUCGGAAAUGGCAGCCACGGCUCUCUUGGAGCGUGGCCUGAAUGCCGUUUUAGUUGGCACGGAUAUGCAAUACCUUCAGGAUGCGAUUGCACAGUCGGCCUUGGUUUCAGGCUUGAGUCGGCGUUCGAUCCAAGCUCCGGUGCCACCUCGCUCUGAGCCAUUGGCCACGGGCAUGUCGGCGGACAUCUUCGGCAUGGCUAGUGACGAUUUGGGCUCAGCCCAGGCGCAACACACUCCAACAGCACCCACACACCCUUGGGAAGCGGCAGGGACACCGUCCUUAUUUGAGGCACAACAACCUGACGCCGAUUUGGAUAUUACCAAUGUGGCCGACAUGCGGGAGGCCUAUCGGCGCAACCCCGCGCUGCUCAAGGACAUGGGGCGUGCUUGGGCUGAGGCCAUCGAUGCUUUUGACAAUUACGAGCUCCCCAGCCGCAAUGGUGAGCGCUAG